CAUACUGAAUAUUUUAUGGUUAUAAUAGCACUUAUUAAUCUUUAUGAAAUAGUAAAAUGUGUUAGAAACACGUGCAGAUUGAUACACAAGUAUCAAACCGAACCAUUUACUUUUUAUACGUUUGCUUCACAGUGUCAUUUUACAUCUAAAACCUAACACAUUAUUGCACACGAUAUGCACUGUUCGAAAUACAACAAGGACAUCUAACGUACAGUUUCAUAAAUGGCUGUAGUAACAAGUUUAAAGAAUUUUGGAAUUAGAGCUUUCAACACCCGGCGUCUUAUUUUUAAAGCGGUGUUCUCAAAUAAUAGACAGCUUGUCACGAUGUCAGAAUUACUGGAUAAAAUAGUUGAUGUGGAUAUCGAUCGUUAUGGAAAAUUUAAAUACAUCUUGGUCGGCGUUUAUGACGAACGUGUAAAAGUCAGCAAAUUCAUCGUCAGAGGUUAUGCUAGAGCUCAGUGGCAUUCCAACAUUUUUAACGAGGUUGCCGAUCAUGUGGAUACGAUUCGUUAUUUGAGCUGCAAGUGCCACGGGGGUGGAAGAAUCGAGCACGACCCGGACGAAAAGACCAUCAAAGUCUACGGAUACUCCCAAGGCUUCGGAAAGGCGGAUCACGAAGUGACUGUUGGUCUACUGAAAAAGAAGUACCCCGACUACACGAUCACUUGGUCCGACGAUGGAUAUUAGACCGAAGAAGGAUUUGUUCUGCGCGUCGCACAACGAGAGAGAGAGAGCGUUAAAUGUGUAAUUUAAUAAAGAGUGUCUAUGGCUUCUAUUACCGUUGCCUUGAUUCUGUACAUUUCCUAUUUAGCGGUAACACGAGCUAAUACGAUUCAAAACGUUUAAUUAUACGUCGUUUAAUUGCUAAUUGCGACUAACAAUCUACUCGUUCGAAUGGCUACGAAAUUAAUUUACCGAUGUAACUAGUUCUAACUGAUAAUUCAUUCGAUUCGGUUAAUUUAAUGUCGUCGAGCUUGCGUUCUUUCUUGAUUAAAUUAGUUUGGUUGAUAAGCGUUUCGUUGAACGAUCCGAGUUAUGAGCGAAAAAUUCGAAUCGGAGCAUUAAGUAAGAACGAUAGAAGGAUAGACGUGACGUUGAAUGGAAGUUUGCGUGCUGGUUUACGAAAUACCGAACUGUCAAAAAAAUCAGUGUGUUCCUUAACUGCUGUUUGCGUUUCCCUAUGGCGAACGUAGGAAUUAUCACAGACGAUUCGUCAUUGAUUGUAUCACCGAGCUACGAAAUAAACGUGACGUUUGUAAUGGCAACCUACAAACGUCUUGCUCCUUUA